AUGACUCUGUCGUACGAGCAGCAGCGUUUACAGAACAUCAAAGACAAUGAAGACCUACUCAAGUCUCUUGGUCUUUCCAGCGUAGCCCCUGCUGCCCCAAAGACUCCCAAGGCCACAAAUACCAAGCCGACUCCCAGUAAAUCCAAGAAGAAUGUUACGCCCGGAAGCGCUGUGGUGAGGCAGGCUGCCAACGGCAGCUCUUCCCAAAACACUACUCCUGCACCCCAAGAGGACAGUGGUAACAGACGGAGAAGUCUGAGAACCGGCGGUAAAAACAGGCCCAACUACCUCAAGGAGCAAGUCUCUGGGAGCUACUCGGGAAGCUUGGAUGGCUCGCCCUCGAAGAGGAGCUUUGUGGACGAUGGUGACGACGACGAUGACCGACAGAGGAAAGCUCAGAAGUUGGGAGUGAGACUGCAUGACCCGAAAACCUUUGGACAGAUCCCCAAUGUAGAAGUGGGGAGGUGGUGGUCCAGUCGAAUGGAGGCAUCCACAGACGCCAUACACGCUCCAACAGUCGCGGGUAUCUCCGGAAAUGCAAAAGAUGGUGCAUGGUCUGUAGCGCUUUCUGGAGGGUACCCUGACGACAUCGACUUGGGUUACGCUUUCACCUACACCGGCUGCGGCGGGCGAGACUUGAAAGGAACCAAACAAAACCCUAAAAACCUGCGAACCGCUCCCCAGACCUCCCAUCAGAGCUUUGACAACCCUCUAAAUGCUGCACUCAAACGCUCUGUGCAGAGCAAAAAGCCCGUUCGAGUGGUCCGCGGCUAUAAACUGCAGUCCAAGUAUGCUCCGGUCACAGGCUAUCGAUACGACGGCUUGUACAUUGUGGAGAAGGGGUGGAUGUCAAAGGGGCUCACGAAUGGGCUGAUGGUUUGUCGGUAUGCGUUCAAGAGGAUGGAUGGCCAACCCCCUCUCCCAGAAAACGAUUUGGGGAAGGAUGCGGACGAAGCCGACAGCUCCGAAGUACCGGACAAGAGCGCCGAGUAG